AUGCCUCCCUCAUGGAGAAAUGUCGUUGAACGUAAACGUGCUUUACAAGCCACAGAGCUAUCUCCCUACGCUGACAAAACGCUCUCAUCUUCGCUUACCCAUAUCGAUGAUAUCGACAAACUCAUACACCUGCUUGCGACAGGUGAGACCAGUGCUGAGACAGUCACUCGAGAGUAUAUACAUCGCGCAACCCAAGUCCACAAAACCACGAACUGUCUAACCGAAAUCAAUUUCGACGCAGCCCUCGGAAAAGCACGCUCCCUCGAUACAUACUUCAAAACUAACCAUGCACUCGUCGGACCACUUCACGGUGUCCCAGUCACAGUGAAAGACCAGUUCAAUAUCAAAGGUCUGGAUACCACGUUAGGUUACAUAGGAAGAGCAUUCCAGCCCGCAGAUGACGAUGCUGUAAUCGUUAAGAUUUUACAGGAUUUAGGCGCUAUCGUUAUAGCGAAGACGAAUUUGCCGCAGAGUAUCAUGGUUUCUCCCCCUCCCGCUUUAAUUAUAUGGGUAGCAUUUGACGAGGUGUUUAGUGCUUUCACGCCUGGCGGGUCCACAGGGGGUGAGGGAGCGCUUCUGGCUGAACAUGGGUCGCUGGUGGGUUGGGGAACGGAUAUUGGGGGGUCGAUUCGGAUUCCGAGUUCCAUUUGUGGAGUAUAUGGGUUGAAGCCUAGUAGCGCACGUCUGCCCUACCAAGGCGUUCCCGUUUCCACAGAAGGUCAGGAACACGUACCUUCAGCUAUCGGACCCAUGACGCGAAGUCUCUCCUCCAUGACUACCGUCACAAAAGCGGUACUUACCGCCCAACCAUGGAUGUUAGAUCCUCGAGUCGUUCCGAUUCCAUGGCGCGAAGAUGAGUAUCUCUCAGUGCAAAACCGCCCACUCGUUAUAGGCAUCAUGCUCGACGACGGAGUCGUCCGCGCCCAUCCACCUAUCGAACGAGCUCUGAAAGAACUUGCUGCAAAACUAGAAGCCGCAGGCCACGAACUCGUAAACUGGGAGCCUUCCCUCCACAAAGAAUCUAUUGAUAUCAUGGACGGAUUCUACACGGCAGACGGCGGACAAGACAUUCGCGAUGCGAUUGAAUCCGGCGGCGAACCGUUUAUUCCGCAUGUUGAAGCGCUCGUGAACCGCGGCGAGGCGAUUUCAGUGUACGAAUACUGGCAGCUGAACAAACGCAAGCUCGCCAUCCAGAAAGCGUAUCUAGAUAAAUGGAAUGCGAUUCGCGGUCCGAAAUCGGGCAGGGUGGUAGAUGUGUUGUUGACGCCGACGAUGCCGCAUGCUGCUGUUCCGCAUCGUGCUUGCAGAUGGGUGGGAUACACGAAAGUCUGGAAUCUGCUUGACUAUACUGCGCUUGCGUUUCCAGUUGGUGUGAUAUCUAAAGACUUGGAUGCGAGUCCUGAGGUGGGGUAUGAACCGAGAAAUGAGAUAGAUGCGUUUAAUUGGGGGCUUUAUGAUGCUGAGACGAUGGAUGGCCAUCCUGUUGGAUUGCAGAUCGUGGGGAGGAGGUUCGAGGAGGAGAAGGUUUUGGGUGUUUGUCGGGUUUUUGAGGAGGUGAUGAGGUUGGGGCAACCUUAA